GACAGAGUCCCUCCCCAUGACCAUAUAUAAUAAGAGCUCAAAACCUUCAAAAAGUAAUGGCCAUAAAGCCUCAGAAGGAAACAGAGAUCAGAACAGCAGAGUGUACAAGCUUAACCCGCCCUUAAGCCAUCUUUUGGGUUCUCUACCUUUAGCACCUUCAGUCUAUUCAUCUCUCACCAGCCUUCUCCAGUCUUCUCACUGAAGAUGAAGAGUGUGUUGCUACUCCUGCUGCUGUUAUUGCUGGCUUUCUGCACUUUCAGACUGCAAGGAGAACGAGUAGAGAAGAUUGAGAAGUGUGAAUCCCAUUGCUCACAGGGACUCCAUUGCAAGGUGAAGCCUCAUUCUCCAUUUGAGCGAUGCAAGAAGCGGCCAAACAGCAUGACCAAAGAUGUGUUUAGGAACACAAGCAUCUCCACAGUGAUGAGGUGUGAAGGAGUUCGACGGUGUUCUCUUUACCUCCGAGUCAGCACUCAUCUACAGCUAAAGAAACAUAUUCAAGGCAUCUACAUGUGCACAGUCAGUGCGGCAAUGAUGGAACACUGCAGGCUCGUGCUCUUCCCACGCACACAGAAAGAAAAAAUGCUGGACCAUCAGGUGCAUAUUCAGGAUGAUUGUCUGGAAGUAGGAAUUCAACAGGACGUUUACAUAACACUCCAAACUUGGCCGCGAUUCUGUGAUGUGGCUUAUUCCAGAGCAUACCGUGUUCCAGGCUGCAGCAACAAGGACCUACAAGGAAAUAUCCCGGAAUGCACCACCGGCAGGAUUGACUAUGAGGUGAACUUGGAAAGGAAGGAAGUGCAUAUUAUGGUAUCAGACAUGCUGGAAGACAGAGACUACCAUGUUAGACUCUGCCACAAGGAUUACAUCUGCACUGGCACUGGAGCUCACGUAUUGUUAAAAAAGGAGAAUCCAGUGAAAAGUGUCACUCUGAAGUUCUCCAAACCAGUGCCCUGCUUGUGCAUUGAGGGCUGGUCUGUCAUGACUGAUGCGUCUCGGGUUCAAGUCUGCCCUUUCAAAAACCGUGUUGAGGAACUCUGGUCUGGGAUAACCUUUGACCCAAAAGAGGAGACGCUGUCAUGGGAAGCUUCAUGCCAAGUUCAUGCUGUCAUUUCACUGUGUGAGCUGCAAGACCAAGACGUGUGCCAAGACCUUGCCGAUUCUUCUCAGAGAUAUGUCAAAGGAAUGAUGACAUAUUCGACUGUGGAUCCUCAUCCCCGGCUUUGCAUGAAGUUCAUCACAGAGACCGGGACAUGGAUAAAGUGCCCGUUUUCGGAUGGGAAUUUCCCAGCCUGGAACCUAGGAGUUUCUACUGAAAAGGACCAGCCACAGCUGCUUGUGACAUCCCGGGUCAAAACAAGCUUCUCUUUGAGUGUAUGUUCCAAGACUGGGGCCUCAGGAUGUGAGGACACACAAACCACCAUAGUUGAUGUGGAGAAAUUUAAACACAUCCGGCCAAAUCUGACUAUGGAUCUUUGUACAUCAGGUCUCUGCAUCAAGGCAAAGCGUGUGGAUGUAAAAUAUGGAGUCACCACUCUCUAUUGCCACCCCUCAUGCCCACUUUCUUCCUCCAAGCCCACAGACAGUGACAGUAAAUGGCAGCUCAUGUAUUUCAUUGUCCCAGCGAUAACACUAUUUACAGCUGUAGCUGUUGCUGCUGGUGUGAUAACCACUGUGAUGAUUGGUUACUGCAUCAAAAGGACAAUAAAGGCUCGGGGCAUUGUAUGCUUACCAGGACCACACACAGCCUUAUUCUCUCCAAUGACUAAGGAGGUGAACUCAAAAACUGAACUGAUGCCCACAACAGCGCUUGAUGAUGGAAAUAGCUCAGAAAGAUCUCAGUUGCAAGACUCUGAGAGGUCCAAUCUACUGAAUGGCUUCAUAGACCUCUUAGAAGUGUAGCUCAGGAGAUGGCUCAAGAUGGAGUUCGCCGUUUUUUCAUUUUGCUUUGCAUAUUUCUGUAUUGGGGUCAAAAUGGGAAAACAUGGAAAGGUUAAAAAAACAAAACGAACCCAACCCAUACCCCAGGCUUAAAAACAUACCACAGAGAUUAAUGUGUAUGUUUAUUGUCAUUGUUCAUGUAUUCUGAUGUGGACUGUUAUUCUGAAUGACCAUGUUGCACUUUAUUUCUCUCUUAAUACAUAAUUUAAGUAAGAGUGAAAUACACUAUUAUAGAAAACAUAUCAAGUACAUGUUAACACUUUUCUGUAAAAUAAAAACAGACUUCAGAGCAAAAUAAAAUAUGACAUGAUCCAACUUUAAGUCUUCAAACCUUCAAAACUUUUCAAAGACUGUUGCAUAUAUUUCUGCUUUUGUGUCAAAGAGCAGAAUAUAUUUAUUUAUGUGAUAUGUGUGGUUUAUAUAAUUGUGAGAUAGACUUAUUUUUUUACUUGUUUCUGUUAAAUGUCACUGUUAUAUUGACAUUGAUGUGCUGCAGGUCAUAUUUAAAUCUUUCGAACACUGCCAUUUCAUAUGUGGAAGUUCUCAAUAAAGUGCUUCACAUGUUGACUGCCAA